AUGGAUGAUGCAAAGAAAAAGAUAAAUGAUACUGGGUCAAGGUUUACAAAAUGUGGUUGUAAUCGGCGGGUCACAUCGCAAAAAUGCCCAACUGCACGUUGUUGGACUUUUGUUCUUGUCGCGUCCAAGGAAAUCGUAAUGAAUAGAAAAGUAAGUAUUGAAGACACGGAAGUUUGUUAUGUAAGCUUUUGCCGAAAGGGUCUACUGAUUAUUGAGGCGGGAGGAGAAGGGAUCAACUACAACAAUCGUUCACCUUCAUGGUCGCAAAUUUUCCUCCGGAGUCAAGUGGCCAGGAACUUAUCUAUAACGACGAUAAGUAUUCCACCUUUCCCAUUUUUAUCUUCUUGA